UCUGGCGGUAACCACGCCCUGGAUGAGCGCACUGGCUGUUCUGGGGGAAGCUGAGGGAAACUGAGUACGCGCGGAUUGCCAGUUGCAGCCAGUCACCCGCGGGCAGUUCUCCUCCCCGAGCCAUGGCAGCAGAGAAGAAGCGGCUUUCUGUGAGGGAGGCUUUCCAGCUGGCGCAGCAGCCACACCAGAACCAGGCGAAGCUGGUGGUGGCGCUGAGCCGCACGUACGGCGCGAUGGAUAAUAAGACAGCUUUUCAGGAAGAGUUUGUUCAUUACCUUAAGUAUGCUAUGGUGGUAUAUAAACGUGAACCUGCUGUGGAGAGGGUCAUAGACUUCGCAGCCAAGUUUGUUACUUCAUUUCACCAGACUGAUGAGGAAGAAGAGGAAGAGGAAGAUGGUGGCAUUUUAAAUUAUUUGUUUACUUUUCUUUUAAAGUCUCAUGAAGCAAACAGCACUGCAGUCAGAUUUAGAGUAUGCCAGCUCAUUAAUAAACUUCUGGGGAGUAUGCCAGAAAAUGCUCAAAUUGAUGAUGACUUGUUUGAUAAAAUUAAUGAAGCCAUGCUUAUUAGACUGAAAGAUAAGAUUCCAAAUGUAAGAAUACAAGCGGUUUUGGCUCUUUCUCGACUCCAAGACCCCAAGGAUGAUGACUGUCCAGUAGUUGAUGCAUAUGUUACUUUGAUCGAAAAUGAUUCAAAUUCAGAAGUUAGGCGUGCGGUGUUAUCCUGUAUUGCACCAUCAGCAAAGACUUUGCCAAAAAUUGUAGGACGUACAAAGGAUGUAAAGGAGGCUGUCAGAAAGCUGGCUUAUCAGGUGUUAGCUGAAAAAGUUCAUAUGAGAGCCAUGUCCAUUGCUCAGAGAGUACUGCUUCUUCAACAAGGUCUUAAUGACAGGUCAGAUGCUGUGAAACAAGCAGUGCAGAAGCAUCUUCUUCAAGGCUGGCUGCGUUUCACCGAAGGGAAUAUCUUGGAGUUGCUUCAUCGGUUAGAUGUGGAAAAUUCUUCUGAGGUUGCAGUUUCUGUUCUCAAUUCCUUAUUCUCAGUGACUCCUCUCAAUGAGUUGGUGGGAAUCUGUAAAAAUGAUGAUGGCAGGAAGUUGAUUCCAGUGGAAACAUUAACUCCUGAACUUGCUUUGUACUGGUGUACCCUUUGUGAAUAUUUGAAAUCAAAAGGAGAUGAAGGUGAAGAGUUUUUAGAACAGAUUUUGCCAGAGCCUGUAGUAUAUGCAGAGUAUUUACUGAGUUAUAUCCAGAGCUUCCCAGUAGUUAAUGAAGAACAGAGAAGUGAUUUUAACUACAUUGAAAAUUUGAUGACAAGAGAAUUUAUAGGUCAGCAAUUGAUUCUAAUUAUAAAAUCUUUGGAUACCAGUGAAGAAGGAGGAAGGAAACGACUGCUGGCUAUUUUGCAGGAGGCUCUAAUUCUGCCUACAACCCCGAUAUCCUUAAUUUCUUUUAUUGUUGAGAGACUCCUUCACAUCAUCUUAGACGAUAACAAAAGGAUACAGAUUGUCACAGAAAUUAUCUCAGAGAUUCGUGCACCUAUCGUUACUGUUCAUGUUGAUCCAUCUGAUACAAGAAAGAAGGAACUCAAGAUGGCUGAAAUAAAAGUUAAGCUUAUUGAGACUAAAGAAGCUUUGGAGAAUUGCAUUGCCAUACAGGAUUUUGAUCAGGCAUCAAAAUUAAAAGAAGAGAUAAAAACAUUAGAAAAUGCUAGAAUAAACCUGUUAAAAGAGAUGGAGGAACUUGAAAUUAAAGAAGUUCACACCGAAAAGAAUGAUGCUGAAACAUUACAGAAGUGUCUUAUUAUGUGCUAUGAACUAUUGAAGCUGAUGUCCAUUUCAACUGGAAUUGGUGCAACCAUGAAUGGGAUCGUUGAAUCUUUGAUUCUCCCUGGAAUAAUAAGUGUUCAUCCUAUAGUAAGAAAUUUGGCUGUUUUGUGCUUGGGAUGCUGUGGACUACAGAAUCAGGAUUUUGCAAGUAAACACUUUAUGUUAUUUUUACAGGUUUUGAAAAUUGAUGAUGUCACAAUAAAAACCAGUGCCUUGAAGGCAAUCUUUGACCAGCUGAUGACAUUUGGGAUUGAACCAUUUAAAACUAAGAAAGUUAAGGCCAUUCAGUGUGAAGAUGAAGAAAUAAACAGUGAUGAUGAACAAGAAGCAAAAGAUGUUGAAGAGACUGCCACAGCUAAGAAUGUUCUGAAAUUCCUUUCUGAUUUCCUAGAUAGUGAGGUAUCUGAACUCAGGACAGGAGCUGCAGAAGGACUAGCCAAGCUGAUGUUCUCUGGGCUUUUGGUCAGCUGCAGGAUUCUUUCUCGACUUAUUUUGUUAUGGUAUAAUCCUGUGACUGAAGAGGAUGUUCGACUUCGACAUUGUCUAGGCGUGUUUUUCCCCAUGUUUGCUUAUGCAAGCAGGACUAAUCAGGAAUGCUUUGAAGAAGCUUUUAUUCCCACCUUGCAAACACUGGCCAGUGCCCCGGCAUCAUCUCCUUUAGCUGAAGUAGAUGUCACAAAUGUUGCUGAGUUGCUUGUUGAACUGACAAGACCAAGUAGAUUAAAUCCUCAGGGAAAAAAUUCCCAAGAUUAUCAGGCCUUAACAGUACAUGACAACUUGGCUAUAAAAAUUUGUAAUGAGAUGUUAACAAGUCCAUGUACACCAGAAAAUCGGGUUUAUACAAAAGCUUUGAGUUCUUUAGAACUCAGUAGUGGUGCUACAAAAGAUCUCCUGCUUCUAUUGGAUGAGAUUCUGGAGCAAGUAACAGAUAGGACAUGUCUGAGAGCUUUGGAGAAAAUCAAGAUUCAGUUAGGCAAAGGAAGUAAAGAAUCUGACCAAGCUGUAGUAGCACAGGAUGUCAACAUGACUACAAAUGUUCUUCAGAAUGAAGAUGAAGGAUAUGUGACUCCUCUGAGGAAUGUAAAAGGAGCUCAAGCAUCAAAAUCCACACAAGGAAAGACUAACAGAGGACGGAGAAAAGCACCACCUUCAUCUAGGACCAAUAGGAGACGUCAGGCUUCUAAGACUGACUCUGAAAGUGAUCAUGAUGUUCCAGAACCACCAUCAGAGAUGAAGAUGAGAUUACCAAGACGAGCCAAGACAGCAGCACUAGAGAAAAGUAAACUUGAUCAUGCACAGUUUCUUAAUUGAGGAUUUACAUUAAGAGAGCUGAAUAAGGAUGGAAUCCUUUGAAGUUGUGCUUAUUUCUUUGCUUUAAUAGGUACUGUGGUAAAAUAGGAAAUACCUGCUUUGUUUCCAGAAACAUGGAGUGAUGCCAAAUGACUUUGGCAUCUGUCAUUGUGAUCCAUCUGCGUGGGUUCAGACUUGUUUUUAUUAGAAUGUUACUGACAUUUGGAAAAAUUUGAGAAGCUUAGAUAGAGAGUAGAUCUAACAUAGGUGACAGUGUCAGACACCAAACAAAUGGCAUUUUAAGGAUGAUGUAUGUAUAGCUAUAUAGAAAGCUGCUUAUUACCAUUGAAUAUAAUGAACCAAAGCAUUCCUUAUUUACAUUAAACAAUGGCUUUGAAAAUUUUAUGAUGCCUAUACUAAGUAUUUAUUUGAUAAUCUUACCUCAGUGGGUAAUUUUCUCUUCCUAAAUCUUUCCAUAUAGUAACACUUGUUUAUGAAUGUUUCUGAAUUAGGGAGAUGUCCACACACAUUAAUCAUAAAGAUACAUUGAUUUUUGGCACAUCAAAAUAUAAUCUACCUAGAAUAAUAAACAAUACUAAUGGGAAGUGAAAGUUAUAAGAAGUCAUCUUUAUGGACUUUUAUGAGCAGUUUCUUUGCUAUCAAUUUCAAUUAUCUUUUGAAGUUAUUACUUAUUAAACAAAAAUAUUUGUUUUGAAACUUGCAUUGUAAAAAUAGUUUUUUAUUUCUGCCAUAUCCAAUGAAACACCUUUGAUUAUUCCUGAUACUGACAUUUUUAUUUCAGAUUAAACUGUCCUAACAUGAAGUUUUUGCUAAUUGUGCUUUAAAUUUUUUUGUUGCCAGAGGCCAUGUAUUUCAACUGAGUUCUAAGAUGGAGUGAAGGUAAUAUUGCUGGUUUUUAGAACCAAAAGGCUAUUCUAUGUACAUAAUAUGUGCUUUAUAGAACUAAGAAAAGGAGUCAAACUUACAAAGCAAGAGUGCUUAUUAAGCAAAAGGAAAAGGCAGUUAUGGUAAUAGUAUAAACCAAUGAAAAACACUGUUGUUCUUCAUCUCUUGGCUCUGUGUCUUUUCCUGUGCUUCAUAUUCCUUAUUGUUAUAUUUCUUGUUAAUUUCCUGUCUUAAAACAAAUUCAUGGAGAAUAGGAAGUCAGAAGGGACAAAACAGUACAUAUAUAACAUGAUGUAAGGGAAUUCUUUAGGAAUGAACUACGAUCCCAUUUAUGUAUGUGCAGAGUAUCCAAAAGGAAAGAUACUGUGAUCAUGUAGACACUGUACUGAAGCUUGCUUAUUUGACAUAGGAAAACCAGCUUUUAAUCACUAAACCAUUAGUAGUCUUAACUACUCAGAUUUUAGACAAUAGCCAUGGCUGCAGGUAUACUUUGUAUCAUUAGCAUUAGUAAGGAAUAUUGUCCAGCUUCUAUAGGAUAUCCCUGUAAGCUUUGGAGUAAACUGCUAAAAUACAAUAAAACCAACAGGUAUAAAAACAGUUAUCCCCCCCUUUUUUUUUUUUUCAUUCAAAAUUGUUAAUUUAAACCAGUGUUCUUGUUUACCAUGAGGUACAAAUUUGCUGAGAAGUAAACAUGCAAUUGUGCCAUUGCUCUUAUGGCUCACAGAUGAGAGAUUUAAAUUACAGAAAGAGAACUGAUAACCUAAAUUCUUUUUAUGAGUGAAAACAUGCUAGUUGAUAAGCUAAUCAACAUUUUUCUAUACAUAUAUAACUUUAGAAGAGAUAGACUUCCAAGUGAUACCUUUGCCUUUCCCAGUUUGCUUCGAGGUAGUUAGUAUCCACCUGUUACACAACUGUUCAUGGGUUAGGUCAUUAUCACACACCUUUACAAUACUAGCGUUCUAAAUUACAGAAUAUGUAUAUGUCAAAACUGCACAGAAAUAGAGCUGGGCAAUUACAUGUUUAAACUGAGGGCAUUAAAAAAUUUACCAAUAAAAAGAGAACAUCAAAAUCUCCUUUUGUUGCAAAACUCCACAAUGAUCUUGUGUAAUGUUUGUAAAAAACAGAAUUAUAAUAAAAAUGAUUAAUGCUAAUGAUUUAAUAUAAAGACAGAUCACAGGACUAGAAAUAUUUUAGGAUCAAUUGGUUUUCAUGAGAGAAUAUUGACAUACAAAAUAAAGAUAGUGCAAGGACUGCAGACUAUUUUUCUUCAUUUUUGAGAUUUUGGUUAUGAACUGUACAGCUUGCUAGAGAUGCUGCUGUUAGAUUCCAUUCAAUAGGAUGAUUAAGGCACAUCUUAAUGGGGCUCAAUGGGCAGCUUGCUGUGUUCCCAUCAGACAAAUCCACUUUCUCAUCAGUUUUCAUUUGUAGUACUCUGUAAAAAAAAAGUGUAAGGCAUUUUAAGUUUAAAUUUCAUUUGUUAACCUUGUAGUAGUAAAGUUUGGAAUACUGUGUGCACCCUAAAGCAAGUAAGCAAAGUACUUAUCAUUCUGACAAUUCUUGUUCUAUAUGCUGCCUUAGUGAACUGUGAUGAACUAUGCCAUGUAUGCCUCAAGGUGUUCACUCAGAUAGCCCAGUACAAAAGACAUCAAUCACUGCAUUACAUUAGUUUAUAUAAGAAAGACAUUUAACUUAUUGGAAGGUCAAUCCUUUACAUCAAGACUACUUUUAAGAGAAUGAACAUUUGUUAAUGCCUGAUGUGUUCUAGACUCAUUCACAUGAAAUUAUCUCAUUUUAAUUACAUUGCUAAGCAAGGUUGUAUAUUUAAAGUACAAAUAUGAUGACAUACUGUAACUGGUGUAGAAUUGGGAACAUAACCUUUCCUGUUCUUGCUCCAUUAGCUUUCUAGUGGACUGAUUAAUUAUUAAGAGUAGACAAAAAAAAAGGCAUGUUUUGGUAUAAAUGAGUCAAGUUGUCCAGCCUGUCUUAUCUAUUGUCUAGCUUAGUGCAGGAACAGAGGCAAUACCUAUAGGAUACUGCUUGCCUAUUACAUAGAACUCUUUUCUUCUUUUUUUAUGUUUAUGGAGUUGAUGGCUUAUUUGGUCUUAGGUUGGGUUGGUCAGAUGUCUUCCAUAUGGUUAUUCUUUAUUGCAUGGCCUCUGGUUCUUGGAAGACUGUAGUCUUAUUUCACAUGCUAAUGGACAAAGUCCCAUUUGCUCCUUAAAGUUGUCAUUUAGGUAAUCUUGCCCUCCACUUUGCUUAAUCACAACUUUCCAUGUGUCAGGGCCUGACCCAAAUCUGAUAUUUUAGAAUGUACUUUAGAACUUGACAAAACAAUGGCAGAAUUUUUCUUGCUUCUUCACUAGUGUUUCAUGUCUGAUAUCUUCUAGAUCUUAAAGAAAGGAGAUUGGGAUACCAAACUCUGAAGAUAAAGUACUGUUGAGUAUGUGGCAGUUGCUCAAUAAAAAUAAUGAAAUGACUAGAAAAAUCCAGCUCCUUAAAUUUAUGCAAACUUGAGUCCAGAAGAAAAGGUUUCUCCACUUUAUGUGUAAUGCCUACUUUUAGGCUCAUAUUCUAUUUAGCAGCUAGAUGAACACUCAUUUGACUUGAACUGUUAGUUUAUAUAGACUACAACUCUCCUAAGCCUUUUCCAACUGUGUAUCUAUGAAUCUUCCUAUUGAUAUCAAGAAUAUUGAGGUAACUUGAUGUAAGUGACUUGAUAGAGCUGGGCAGUGGCACAUUCAGACUCCUGUAACUUGUUUCUGAUUUCUUCUGUACAAUUUAUAGCUAUUUAGUAAACUAAAUCGGAAUUACAUGUUUUAACACCACUGGCAGUCUCAGUGUUUUUUCUCUAGGCACAGACAUUUUCUACUUUAGGAUGGUUUCAAUUUAUAUAAUUAGAUAGUAGGCAAAACAACAAAUUAAGUUAGCCUGUUAGUCAUAAAAAUACAUUAAGUGAAAGCAAAAUCAGAUACAAUUUGUACAUAUUACUAUAUUUAAAAUAAUGUUUUGGUUGAUAAAUGACAAAGAUGCAAGUGGCUAUUAUCAGAAAUGUUGAAUUUGGAAAAAUAUAUUUGGUUUAUUGUUAAACUGAGCUACUUGGGUAUCAUUUUUUUUUUUCAA